AUGGGCAUGGUUAAUUAUGAACCACUAAAUAAUUUUUAUCCAAAAGAUCGAUGCCAAAGUUUAGGUGAUAUAUGUCAACAAGCAACUGAUUGUUGUUCCCAUCUAGCCUGUUAUCGUACUCAAGAUCAAAAUCUUUGUUUACCAUUUGAAAAAGAUAUGAAACGAUACGCGGAAGAUUUAUUUAUUUCACCGUAUUUUAAUCCAACACAUUAUCUCUAUCAAUAUGGUCUCAAUAUGCCGCCAUCUCCACUUUAUAGUGCAUAUAGAGAAAAACAACCGAAGCCAUAUGUUAGAAAUAAAAUGGAAUGGGAUUAUUGCCAAUUUCAUGAAGAUUGUGGUGAAGGCAAUUGUUGUUACAUUCAUUUUCGAUUUCGCAGCUUACCGAAAUCAUUUUGUCGACCAAAUCGAAACGAUAAAGAGGAUCUGUGUGAACCUCUGACUCGAUAUCAUUCACUCAAACGUGUACCAGCUUGGAAACAACUUCAACAUCGACGAAAACAACAAAAACAACAACAAGUCAAUGAUGAGCAACAUGAGCCAUUAUCAUUACUAAGCGUGAAUUUAAGCCGAUAA